UUUGUACUUUGUAAUCCCCCUUACCGUCGAUCCACUACCGAGUAUGGGCGUCUUACACAGUUCCAACAUCCCUCCACCGCCUCAGUGCCCCCAGUGCGGCGAGCCCAAGGGGAUCGACCAUGUCUGCAGCAACACACCGUCUUCCAGCUCUUCGUAGAGCCUCCCUUGACGCAACCAACGCAGCCAACGCAACCAUGGACUCAGUCAUCUGAAGAGGAAGGAGAUGCAAAAGACAAAGCUCCACGCUCUGGAGCCAUCUUCUCCUAUGACAUGAUGGAGUUCCACCUUCCCGGCUUUACCACAUCCGAUGUACGACUCCACUGUGGAUGAGCAUCCUCGCCCAAUGUGCGUAGUCUACUGAACCCUGCACAUUGGGCGAGGACCACUGAACCGGGACGGCAAGCCAGGUACUAUCGCUAGCUCGUUGGAUCUUACCUGAACACUCUCUGGUAUCCUAGAGUUCCUUCCUAAUUCGAUCAAACGCCUCUCUAGCUCUAGGCAAGGAUCUCUCACCCGAUCUCCACGGCUUGUUGUUCCCGUUCCUCGGCAACAGUGCCCCAAUGAACAAGCCGCGGAAUUGGAAAUUGACCAGAGACACAUUGCAAAAUCUUGGUAUGAGCGCCGGUUCAUUUCAAGAGAGAGAACAAGCGCCAAGGUAUCUGGCGAGGGAUUUUCAUGGAAGUUUAAUUAUAACUCACUGCCGUUUGGGUUGGUUUGGGCUAGUGGCAGCCCCCACGGUUCCUGUUUCUGGGGUCCAAAGGAUCAACACGAGCAAGGAAUGCGCCUUGUCCGUUGUGAACACCCCCAACCAAACAACCACCCCGAACUCCGGUAACUUCGGUAUGCCUCGUAUCCCAACCACGCCACAUCCAGCAUCGCCAGAUUUUUUUCUUUCCGAGUCAACAGUCGCCAAGAUGCACCACUGAACCAUUCCAGUACGGGAAGGUGAACACGCCCUAGACCCACAUCGUCUACAACUAUUUAAUUCUACAUCGAGCGUAUCAUAUAGGAUAGCGUGGUGCAAGUAUACAAGUACGUGCCUGAAUAUUUAACAAGAAACAAGCUAGAUAAGUAUCCCCAUAUCGAGUAGUAUAUAGAGGAAUCCUUCUGAAAGCGUACGCUAGUCGGAAUGUAGGAGGUCUGUUAUAGAAAGGAGAGAGAUCAGCCACCCAAUCGACGACCCGUAUCAACAAUCCUCUUGUGUUGUCUUCUAGACAACCGCUAAUGCUUAUUGGACGAUCAUUUAAUUCCCGCAGGGGCUCAUCAAUGGUUAUACGGCUUGUCUCGCGCGAAACUCCGUUGUACGGGACGAGGAAGGCAGCGUCAAAAUUGCGAUCACUCCCAUUCCGGACUAUAACAGAAUGCUGACAUGCAUGGGUCUUUCUACACACUGACGGGCAGACAGUAAAACAUGUGUUUAUCGAAGCAUACGUGCUGCUUUCUCUCUUGCUCCACUC